CUCCGACGCUUCGUCGCCUUCUCACUUGCAAAUUACGAUUCACAAACUGAACGGAAGAUCAAAAGUCGAAUACAUUCCAUCACUUCGGGAAAAAAGAGAACGAAGUGCAAUGGAUUAACCCUUCAUUUUGGCUACUGAGUAUUUAGUUUGUGUCUGUGUGUAUAUAUUAUGCUGCGACUUCUACCCUCUCCCCAUAUUCUGUUGCGCUUGUUCUCCCUCAAAUUUUCUCGGCAAUUUUCUUUUCUCGGGAAGAUGAAUCUUGCCAGGAAUUUGCACCCUACUGCCAAUUCUUCAAUUCCCCGUCAACCUGUUGGGGCGCAUGGGCCUUCUGUUUAUAUUACAUCUGGUGCCAAUGGUGGAAAUUCCCAUGAUCGAAACCAAGAUUCUCAUCAGAGUAAAGUGAGUGAUUUUACAGGACAUCCCAAUUAUUGUUCUACUUCUGAUUCUGCCUAUGAGGAAGAUUUUCCUUCACUUUCUGCCAGUAUUAGUUCUGGUUUAAAGAGUAAAAGGAGAACUAGGAUUGAUUUGAGAAGUCAGUUUGAGCAAAAAUAUGAGGAAGAGAGCGGGGACGUUGGUUCAAUGCAACUUGAGACCACCCCCAUAGCAAAAUCCACAAGCCUGCAGGAUGAUUAUUCUCUCCCUACUAGUUUUGGGAAGAAGCGUGUGCCAUCUCCCAACAGAAAACCAAAGCAUUAUAAAAAAUUUCCUGCUUAUUCUGGUACUGGAAGUGUUGGAAAUUCAGUAAGUGCUGAAAGCUUUGCUGCAAACAAACCAUUUGAUAUCUGCUUCGCAAAAAGCAUUAAAUCUGUUGUACACCAAGAUUCUUCACACAGAAAGAGUAGGAAAAUGUGGAUUUCAAAAGAGCAUUCCACAGAUGUGACUGGACAAAUACUGAGGCCUGGGAUGGUUCUACUGAAAACUUACAUCACCCUCAGUGAACAGGUUAAAAUUGUGAAGAACUGUCGAGAGCUUGGUCUUGGCCCAGGGGGAUUUUACCAACCUUCUUAUCGUGAUGGAGCCAAACUUCGUCUGCAGAUGAUGUGUCUUGGUAAAAAUUGGGAUCCUGAGACAAGAAAAUAUGAAGAUCGUCAUCCAAUUGAUGGUUCCAAACCUCCUUGUAUUCCUCGUGAUUUUAUUUUGUUGGUUGAAAGAGCCAUUCAAGAUUCCCAUGUUCUAAUUAAAAAGGACUUAAGCGUGAGCAAGGUGGAAGAGAUACUUCCUGGCAUGUCUCCUGACUUAUGCAUUGCCAACUUUUAUAAAACCAGUGGGCGACUUGGCCUCCACCAGGACCGUGAUGAAAGCUUGGAGAGUCGUAACAAAGGAUUGCCUGUUGUCUCCUUCUCUUUUGGUGACUCAGCAGAGUUUUUAUAUGGUAAUCAGAGGGAUGUGGAGAAGGCCGAGAAAGUCUUACUGGAAUCAGGAGAUGUGUUGAUAUUUGGUGGUGAGUCUAGGCAUGUUUUUCAUGGAGUACGGUCCAUAAUCCCCAACUCAGCUCCCCCUGCUCUGUUGGGAGAAGCUAGUCUCCGUCCUGGGCGUCUCAAUCUUACGUUCAGACAGUAUUGACAAAGCAGCCAUCGACUCCUUAGUUUGCGAUUUGUUUGAAUUGGUUCAGACUUAAAUGUAAGAUGAUCAAUUUCGAAAUUUGUUCUUUGGCAUCAUACUGCUCAGCAGCCAAACGAGUAAAAUAGUGUAAUACUUCCGAAAAAGCUUUUGUAGAUAAUUAUGUAUUGGGCUUUUUUUCUUCUACUUCCACAAGAAGUGCUUGUAGCUGGAUGUAUGAAUCGUGUUUAUGCUGAGCAGGUUUUGUUGGAAUAGCAAUGAACCAGAACAAAAAGUUGAUUUCA